AUGGCGACACCACAAGGCACCGUCACUAUUGGGAGAUACAGUCGUGCAAACGGCCACACAAACUUGACCAGACACCUAGACAGGACUGUGCAUACACACCAUCUUACCUCUAGCACCGGCUGGCAAAAACGAGGCACACAUAUUGGGGAUGUCACCCCGCCACCCCCCAGACCAACACCAUUCUACCCUUCACUCUCACGCCUUGGCUCUCACACCCCAAAUCACACAGCCUAUUUGGGUCAAGACCUAGACAAUUCGUUGAAGUUCAUUAAUCAUUAUCAUAAUUUUCUAUACGCUGAAUGCCAGCUGAAAUAG